UAUAAAAACACCGUUCGCGGAUAAGAGCAAAUUAAAAAAAAAAAUUAUAGUAUACACAAUGACAGACAGUAAAUUUACCCGAGAUUCAACGAUUAACAAUAUAACUGAAUCAGUUGAAUCCACAGAUAAUUUUUUACAUUAUUACAAAAAUGAUCACAAAAAUAUUGGAGUUGCCUUGAUUUUUAACCAAAGGAAUAUAAAAGACAAAGAAAUAAUAUCUAUACCCGAUUAUAGGCCAGCUACCAAAAAUUUUGUACUAACAUUGAAAUCGUAUGGAUUCGAUGUUCGUAUGUACGAAGAUUUAGAAUACAGUGCAAUUGAAAGUGUUUUAAGAAGAGUUGCAAAAGUAGAUCAUUCAAAUAAUGAUUGCAUAUUAAUCACUAUACUAACACUUGGUACUCAAAAUAACCUUUAUGCAUUUGAUACAAUGUAUCCAAUUGAUAAGAUAUGGGAACCAUUUUUAAAUGGAAAUUGCAAGACAUUAGAAAAUAAACCAAAAAUAUUUAUUAUACAGGCUUCCCCUUGCAAAAAGGUAGACACAGGUGUUAUUUGCGAGGAUAAAGGAUCCACAAGCAUACAGAUUGCAGAAAAUAUUACAGAUAUUCCAAUUAAAUAUGUUUUACCGAGUUCUCCAGAUCUAUUUUUAUUUUAUUCGACUUUCAGCACUUUUUAUACUUCGAAAAAUUCAAAAAACGAGUCAUGGUUAAUUCAAAGCAUAACAAAUACUCUGAAAAAAAACCUAAAUAACUUGAAUAAGGAUUUAGAUUUGUAUCAUCUUGUCUCAGCUGUUAACAACGUAAUUAAAUCAAAUUUUAAUUUCUGUGGAAUAGAACAUUUAAAUGAAGGUAUUGUUAUGCCAAUUCUUAUAUCGACAUUCACAAAACAAUUUGUUAUAAAACCGAGAACGACACACUAGGAACUGCUAUUAGUGUUUGUGAUUUUAUAUUUAUAUAGGCAAAAAUAUGUAACUAUUAUUCGAAG